UCGCGCCGUAACGGUACUAUAUGUUUGUUGUCAAUUUUUGUGUCUGUUUGUGUCGCAUAUGGCAGCAUAUGGGUCUCGCGUUGCAGACGUCGUGAAAAAUAAAUUUUCGUUUCGUUUCAAUGAGAAAGAUCGAUGGUUGAUGGGCAACGAAUCGCACGAACAUGAUCAUUAAGCUUGCGAAGAUAAUAAGCUGCUCUUCGGAACAUCCAUCCUAUCCCGCCUCUAAUCUGUUGCAACGUAAUUCAAAAACGUCAUGGCGAGUGGCAAAGCCUGGAGAGAUGCUUGGCACGGUAAUUUUCGAACUGGCAGAAUCGUGCUGCAUCACAGGAUUAGACAUCGGCAACUAUCGUAGUUGCGUGGUAAUCGUUUCUGCUUCCACGUCGUCGGAGCCUGACGUCUGGACUCCUGUCGCGAACCAUCAGUUCAUGACGAACGACGAAGCUGCCAAUGGUAAGUUCAAGGACCAAGUAGAAAUAUUCACGAAGAAAGAAUUAAAUCCUGACACGGUAAAGAUGAAAUUCGACCGCGUCAAAGUCACCUGUAUGCAGUCGGCCAAUUUGAAAGAGUUAUUCGGCUUGACUUUCAUCACGUUCAAAACGGAAGUGGUCGUCGACUUGGGAUUAGACGUUUUUGGGAGAUUUAAGUUGAAACAACCGGAGGAAGAUAAUGGCAGGUCACCUGCUACCGAUUUCAAACACAAGUAUUUGAAAAUGGUCGUAGAAAAGAAAACGGAUUAUAGAGGCGAAUUGAUCUCAAAGAUAAAGGAGACUGGCAUGAACAAUUUUGUUAAACGGCAAGAAGAGAACAGGGAACCGGCGAAGAGGCCGUUACUGGAGAAAUUGGAAGCUGGCAAGUCGGAAGAGGUAUUUGGAAGUAAGAAUAAAGACGAUGAAAAAGUUGGAAAUGAGAGACCAGUGAAGAGAACACCGUUUGGUGACGUGGUGCCUACGACUUCAUCUAAGGAGAACGAAAUGGAUGAGAAGGAUGCCCGCAAAAAUGGUGCGCGGAAUCGUAAUCCAAGAAACGGUUGUUCGAGUCCUGCAGAUAAUAGUUCGUCGAAGGGGAAUGCGAAUAAAAGAAAACUAGAUUGUUCUCGAUGCCAAGAUAAAUCGGAGUACGAGGUAUGCGAAAAUUGUGGUAAAUUGCCAGAGUCUAAACAGACAAAAAGACCGGGGAACGUUGUGAAGAAGAACGGUGUGAGGCCAGAAAAAGCGGAAAAGUUAUUCUCAAAACUGUUCGAAGGCGUUUCAUUUUCGCUCAGCGGAUACGUGCAUCCGCAGAGAGACGAGAUACGGAGAAAAGCACUCGACAUGGGCGCAAGAUAUGUCGCGGAUCCAAAUACGAGUAAUAAAAAAUGUACUCAUCUGAUCUGUGCUUUUAAAAACACACCAAAAUAUCAACAAUUGAAGGGACAUUCGAAGAUAGUCACACAUAGUUUCAUCGAAGAUGCGUACAGGGAGAAGACGAGAUUUCCGUGGAGGCGUUACGCUUUGGACGGCAAGGACAAGGCCGAACCUGAGAGCGAAGAAGAAAUUACAGGUAGUUCGUCGCCACCCAGGGAAACUAACGUGUAUGAACAGGAUACUGAUUCGGAUUCGUAUUACUGAUCGAUCGUUCCUGUGAACGGCGUCGAUACGAACGACUGCUGGUACAGAAUUCGACGUGUACAUAAUGAACAUGACCAUUUAGAAUGUUAACUAGAUUUCACGCAAUGUAACUUGGUGGAAUUUCGUGUAUCGUUUCUUUUUUUUUUUUAAAACGCAAUACAUUGUUUUGUAAUGAA